UUGUGUUCUAACCUCAGCAGAGGGCAAGACGGAAGGCACUCGCGAUCACUGCAUUCUAACCAGUUGCACUGCAAACAUCGAAGGCAGACAAGAACAUGAACACAUUUGCAGUCUUUGGUCCUGUGCUGCUAAUGUGGUCCUUCCACUUUAAGACAAGCUGGUCCAACGUGACAACAGAAUAUGAUCCACCUGACUAUUCUCCUGUGUCUGUUGAUUACGGGUUAUUUGAUGUUCAAUGUGACAAGCUCUCCAACCGAAACUUCCGAUCCUGGUUCCUACCCAUGGUCUACAGCAUCACCUUCUUCCUGGCCAUGGUGGGGAACUUCCUGGUCAUCCUCACCUACGCGUAUUUCAACCGUAUCAAGACGAUGACGGACAUCUUCUUGCUGAACCUGGCUGUGGCUGACCUGCUGUUCGCCCUUUCGCUGCCCUUCUGGGUCGCCAGCUUCUUUGCCACCUGGCAGAUGGGCCUGAUCUUGUGCAAGGCCAUGCACACCAUCUACAAGGUCAGUUUCUUCAGCGGCAUGCUCCUGCUCACCUGCAUCAGCGUGGACAGGUUCUUCUCCAUCACCAAAGCCGUGGCGGCGCACCGCUACCGCUCCAGCGCCGUCUGCUACGGGCACGUGUCCUCCGUGGUGGUCUGGGCGAUGGCUACGUUGUUCUCGCUGCCCGAGAUCAUCUACUCCCACAUCAACGGCAACCAGACAUGCGUAGCGUACAGCAGCGGACAGGAGCACCUCCGCGUCUCCGUGCAGGUGAGCCAGAUGGUGCUGGGCUUCGCGCUCCCCGCCCUGGUCAUGGUCUUCUGCUACAGCUGCAUCUUUAGGACGCUGAUGCAGGCCAGGAGUUUUGAGCGCAACAAGGCCCUCAAGGUCAUCUUCGCUGUGGUGGUGGUCUUUGUGGCCAGCCAGCUGCCGUACAAUGUGGUGAUGGGCCUCAGUACGCCGAGCACCACCAACUGUGAGUACGACAACAGCCUCCUGUACGCCAUGGAUGUGAGCCGCAGCUUGGCCUUCCUGCGCUGCUGUGUCAAUCCGUUCCUGUACGCCUUCGUCGGCGUCAAGUUCCGCCGCGACCUAUUGAAGCUGAUGAAAGACUUGGGUUGCAUAAGCAAAACAUGCAUCGUCUACUCGCGCGGCAAGAGGAGGUCCUCCACCGGCCUAGACACUGACACCACUUCUUUCUCCCCGUGAACCCGGGGUUGGCGUCACGGAAGGGCCGUCUGGCGCACUGCGCUUUGCUGUUGUGGGUGAUUUCUCUGCAGUUAAUAUUACACAUUAGACCCACUGCCAUGCCUCGUAUUUUGUUCCACCGUUCUAUCUGUUAUAAUAUUAGAUAUGAUAACAGGGAGAACCUCAGCUAUUGUCUGCAGACACGUGUGUCAUCAAUGAACUAUGAUCUGAAAUGUACAUAACUGACAUCCCAUUUGUGCUUUUUACAAAAUUGAAUAAAAUUCAAUACAUGAAA